AGUGUGAUCUGUAAUCGUUUAAAGAUAAUGAAGAAAGGUUAGGUGAUAUAAGGAUUGUUUCGCUAUGGCAAAGAAAAUGUUCCGAUUUCUUUUUGUGAUUCUCCUUACUAGUAUUGAAGAACUUCCGUUAUGUUUUGGACAAACAGAACCAAUACGUCAUUGCCUGCGGUGUACGGGAACGACGCAGACACAGCUGGAUUCGUGCAUUGGUCUAGUAGAAUGCGGGGACGAUAAGGAGUGCUACUUAAACACAACAACUCUCAAUGAUGGAACGUGGAUAAAGACAUACGGAUGCGCUAAGAGAUCCACCUGCGGUUCAUUAGCGGGUCCCUUCGGGAAACGUGACCCAGCGUCAACGUCUGUGGAGUAUUGUGGGAAAGAAAUAUGCAAUAUUGACAUCGGCCAUUUCCAAGAGCCCCCAACUUCUCCAUGCGGAGAUCUUUCUGCUAGCGACUGUCGAGACCCUAUGGCUUUGAAAACAAUCUGUUCAGAUUGCGAAACGGCCGAGUACUGCCGAAAAUCGUGUGGACUGUGCCAUGACCACUCCAAUACUUGGUAUGAAAACGUUGUGUUGUUUGACUAUGACGUAGUUCACAAAACGUGUAGUCACAGUUCAACAGUCAGCUCAGUCAUAUGCCAAAGCAUAAGUGAACAGGCUUACAAUGUGUUUGGAGUGGUACACAACAACUACACCAUUAAUGCGGCACAUACAAGAAAGGAUUACCUUAUUCUCCAUCAAACGAACAGUUACGUAAUCUUAAGGUUUAGGACGAACGGAGAGCCUCUCACAAAUCUACAACUCUACGCUUGUAAGACCACCGGUCAUGGUCGAGUAGAUGUAUUACUAAACAACAACACCAUUCAAGAGUCUUACAAUGGAACAUUUUACGCUGACCUGUCAUGGCAAAUUCAUAAACUUAAUGUAAACCAGUAUCAGAAGGUCAGAAAUUACACUCUGGUAAUACGGAAAGAUGCGCUUCAAAUCAGCUACGGCCAUUACUGGUUGAGUCAUGUUCGAUUGGAAAGCGUGGUGACUCAUCAUGGUCAUAGCGGAUAAUCUCGAGAAAAUUACUUUCAAAUGCAAUUAAUACGACAUGUGGAUCCACUGCUUUGCAAUCCUCUAUUAUAAUGAAUAGUUUUGAGCAUUAAAUCGAAAAGCUAUAUCUGUAUAAUUCGUCAUAUUUUUCGAUGUCUAUUAUUAUAUAUUUGUUAUUCGAGAUGGGUUGUUGGGUCGUCAGACAAAUUAAAUGAUACCCUCGGUCUUCGGCUGCUAGUUUGGCAAACACUGUUUUUUAUCAAUUGUCGUAAAAAAUAAAUUAUAAAGUUA